CUCCGUUGGGAAAUCUCAUCGCUUCUUUUUCGGAAUUUGCAACUCAAUUCUUUCCAAAAGGUUUUGAAAAACACAAAAAAUUCUUUCUCUCAGAAAAAAUUUCUCAACUCUUUACUUGAAUUUCCUGAAGCAAAAAAAAAAAAAAAUGUGCGACUCCAAUCCAAACCAGAUUCAACGUCUGACUCAGGAACAAGAGGAUCAGAUCAUGGUCUCAACUUUCCUGCACGUAAUCAGCGGUUUUCCGGAUGAUGCCACGUCAUCAUUUCCAGACAGUGUGAUCAGGAGUAUGCUCACUGAUAAUGACAUUCGUCAUUCUUCCAAUGUCAACGUCUCUCCGGGUAGCUCCAGCGCGUUCCCGCCAGCCCAGUCCAGUAUGAGCGCAAAUGACAACAGGAGGCGCUACAGGGGAGUGAGGCAGCGGCCGUGGGGCAAAUGGGCAGCGGAGAUUCGGGACCCUCGGCAGGCUAAACGGGUGUGGCUGGGCACGUUCGAGACUGCGGAGGCUGCGGCCAGGGCCUACGACAGAGCAGCCAUUGAGUACCGUGGAGAUAAAGCGAAGCUCAAUUUCCCUUUAUCAGAUUACGAACAGAGGCAAAACAGAGAAGAUGAACAAGAGCAGAGGCAAAUGCAAGUGGGAAAUCAGAACGAAGCAGAGAUGGGUGGCAAUGAGGAGUCAUGGGACGAAAUAUUCUCAGAUGUCGAGAUGCAAGAGCUGCUGAUGAUGGGGAAUGCUGACCAACCAGGCAACCAUCAUGAUCAUUGAAAGCUGAUUGGGAGGUGUUUGGUGGGGCUCGUUUUUAUAUUGCGUAUUCCACCAAAUACAUUCACAUUGUCAUUCACAUCAUUAUUUUUUUCGAUGAUGAAUGACACGCAGAUUAUAAAUUUUUAUAGAAUUUUUUUAUUGUUUUGGGAGAGUUUUUACGGAAGAAAUUGUGUAUACAUAA